AUGCUCCUCGGCAUACAGACCUUUCUACUCAUCCCAUACCUGCUACGGCAAGCAGCAGCGUUGGCUGAGCAAAACUCUUCUGCCUCUGUCAACAUUGGCAAUGGCACUGUUGUUGGAGCUAGUGAUGCGUCUGGCCAUGUACAGCGCUUCCUAGGGAUACCCUACGCUCAACCUCCGGUAGGCAAUCUUCGUCUACGCCAAGCGAUACCACUGAAUGCAUCUUUCGGCACUUUGGAUGCACAAUCUUUUGGUCCAGCUUGCUACGGACCAGACAUCGACUCCAAUCCAGAUUCAAGCGAGGAUUGUCUAAGUUUGAACAUCUGGCGUCCGAAUUGGCAUACUGGUAACAACAUACCUAAGCCAGUGCUUGUAUGGUUCUAUGGCGGAGGGUUGCAGAGAGGGUACACGGCAGAUCCGAGGUUUGAAGGAACCAAUAUAGUUCGCAUAUCUUCUGAGAUUGGCAAGGAGAUAUUGCUUGUGUCAGUGAACUAUCGACUUGGGCCUCUUGGGUUCCUGAACGGGCAGCAGAUGGCAGACCUUGACCUACUCAAUCUCGGCAUGCUAGACCAACGAUUAGCAUUGCGCUGGAUCCAGGAAAACAUCGCCGCUUUUGGAGGAGACCCUACCAAAGUAACCAUAGCUGGAGAGUCCGCCGGUGCCGUAUCAGUAUAUUCCCACAUGAUGGCCUACGGAGGCCGAGACGACAAGCUCUUUCGAGGAGCUAUUCUAGAAAGCGGCGGUGCUUUCCCUCUAACGUACGCCAAUACCUCGACUUUCCAAGAGACAUUCGAUAACCUUGUCACGGAAACGCCUUGCAAGUUGUUCGCGAACGCAACGGCAGCCGAGCAGCUCGACUGUAUUCGCCAGCUGCCAAUUGAGACUUUCCUUGACAGCGUAGGCUCGAGCACUGGUCAAUCAAUCGAUGGAAGCUUCACACAAACUUCUCUCCAAUUUGCAUUGCCAGCUGGAAAGUAUGUCAAGGUUCCUACCAUUGUCGGGACAAACACGGACGAAGGCACAAACUCCGCUCCAACGGGGAUAAACACCACGGAACAACUCAAAGGCCCACUUGCCGAGGGCUUCCACCGUCCCAAAACUCUCCCCAACUCAACAGUCUCAACCCUUCUAGAUCUCUACCCCGAUGACGCGCGCCACGGCUGUCCCUACAACACGGGCACCACGCCCCUGACGUCCGGGAAACUCGAUAAAAAGGCCUGCUCGAUCUUCGGAGACAUUGUGCAAAUUGCACCUGCCCGCAUGAUCGCGCAAUGGCUCACCAAGAACAACAACGGCAACAGUCCAGUGUACCGCUACCGCUUCAGCCAUCUCCCGCACGACACAACCGCAGCAAACAUAUCACGCGGUAUUGGAACCGGAAUUGAGCAGCGCUAUGUCUUCUCGAACCUGAUUCCCGAUCACCCGUGGGAUCAGGCGCUGGCUUAUGAGGUUAGCAGUGCUUGGAUUUCCUUUGCGUAUGGACUAAAUCCGAAUCCUGAAGGAGGUGUGUCUACUACGCUGCCUUUUGAUUAUCAUUUCUCUCUUGUGUUUGUCAUGGGUUCUGUUCUGACGAGUUCUGAAUUGGACAGGAAGUACGUUGCCGAAAUGGCCCGAGUAUGGGGAGGAAAGGAAGAGCAUGGUGUUUAG